AGAUGUUGUAGCUGUUGUGAUGAAGACACUAGUAGGCCUACUGUUGCUUCUAACUGCUUAUCAGAGCUAUGCAGCUACUACAGACUACUACACAGCCGCUGUGGUGGAGUAUGGAUCCCCGACCUACCCUAGCUUUAGCGCCGACGAGGUUAUGCUGGCCAAUGCUGCAGUUUUCACGGAUUUUAUGCGUAACGCAUCAUUAAGUGAGGUGGAUAUUAUAGUAUUUCCAGAAGGCGGACUGUUUGGCCACAAUGUCAGAAAAUCUAUUGAACUUCCAUCACCUGACGAAAAGGCAAACCCUUGUACCGAUUCUACCAAGUACCAUACGGCUCUUGUACUGCUAUCCUGUGCGGCAAAAAAGUACAACAUGUACGCUGUGAUAAACACAGGAGAACAAUACUACAAUUCGACAACUAACAAAACUGAAUACUACAACAGCAAUGUGGCUAUAGACAAGAAUGGAACUGUUGUGGCAAGGUACAGGAAGUUUAACCCUUAUGGAGAGCCAGUCACCAAGCCUGCUCUAGAUCUUCACACCUUCACUACAGAUUUCAAUGUGACCUUUGGCAUGUUCAUAUGCUUCGAUAUAGACUUUGAAGAGCCAGGAGUGGUUCUAGCCAGAGACUACGGAGUUAAACACUUCGCAUUUCCUCAUUGCUGGAUCUCAGAGCUACCUUUCCUGACAGCCAUCCAGGCCCAGUGGGGAUUCGCCUACAGUCUAGACACAGUCCUCCUUGCCUCAGGGUGUAACUACCCUUCUUCAGGAGGUACAGGUUCAGGGAUCUACCACGGCAGACGAGGAGCGCUUCAGUACUUCCAGACUAACUCACGUACCUCCAGACUACUCAUAGCCAACGUGUCCAAGAACUUCGAACCUGACAACAAACUCUUCCACACCAAAGACCCUGCAAGGCCUACCACCUACAAGGAGCCUGUAAAGAAUGUUGUAUCCAAUGAGUUCAGCGACGUAGAAGUCCAUCUGCUAGAAGAUCAACACACAAACAGCUCCCUGUUCCUCCUGAGGGACUACACGGAUGUCUACAGGAGUCGUCAGUUGUUUCCCUCGGGAUUUUAUCCCUCGUCAGCCUCGGCGGCGCCGCUCCAGGACUCCUCCCUGGCUUUGAAUCUCACAACAAAGACUACUAUCUGUCAGGGAGUUGUCUGCUGUGACUUUGAGGUCAGAGUGACUAGUAUUUUCAAUGCGACCAAACCUUCAGCACCAUCCAGAGGAGACGACUUCAGUCGUCAGUUCUAUAGACUUGUGGCUUUCGAUGGUGUACGAUGGUACGGCGGGGGAGUUGCCACUGGUGGAGUUCAGUUAUGUGGAGUAGUUUCCUGUGUCAACGAUUCCAUCUCCUCCUGCGGUCUCAGGUCGGACGACUCCUCCGCCCAGGUGGCGACCUACGGCCAGCUCUUCAAGACUGGGACUAGGUUCGAGUCUGUCACUAUCAUCGGGACUUUCACCCAUAAUCGCACCUUCAUCUACCCUGACAUCCUCACCACGGCCACUGGGGACAACUUCGGAGCUCUCGUACCCUCUGCGGCCUUCGCCUACGAGGAAUAUCCUCCCUACAACGGAUCCAUCAUUGCCUACCUCAAGAUCAACUACCCCAUAGACAACCUAGUCACUGCUGCCAUCUACGCUCGCCAGUUUGACCGUGAUGGGCAGAAGAGAACAGAGCUCCCUCUCAGCAGCUACGCCCACCCCUUACCUGGGAGUAUCUUCUUGUUAGGGGUGUUUUUCCUUUUAUUUUUCAAUUGCAUCCUCUCAACUGUACAUUGAAAAUAUUUUAAAAUAAUUAACAAUAUAAUAUUGAAGGAAAAUGUAUUUGUAGACAAACUAUACAAGUUUAAGGUCAGUUUUUAUGGUCGAUUAAAAACAUAUUUUUAACUAGGAAUCCACAAUAUCUGUUAAUAAAUUAAAAGUAUUAUAGUCAAAGAAGAGUCCUUGUGAGGUAGCAAAAUUAUAAAUAGCCAAUAAUGACUCCACCACCAGAAGCGAAACCCGUACGACACUGUCAGUAAAACUAAGUCAUUCCUAGAAUUUUAGUUUCAGUACUGCACUUGUAAAAGUUAGGUUAUGUUUGUAUGAAUCAAGCAAUACUUUUAAACCAUGCAGCUGUUCCAAAAUGAGUGUCAGAACUGCAACGCAGAGAAGAAAUCAGAUAAUACAUAGCUUAAAAAUUAGUUUGUAUGGCAAUCAAAUCUGAAACAUUUUGCCAACAUUUUGUUAAUACAAAUGCGCAAGCUGAAAUUUUCAUUAUAUAUUUUCAAGACCUACUUGGUAAAUUAUGUAAAAUUUCAAAACCUUUUGUGCUUAAAUGCCAAGUAAUGCAAAGGUACUCGUAAAACCAAACGUAUAAACCCCUCCGUGAGAUGGCACCUUGUUCAUUAAAAUUAAUGUUGUAAUAAUAUAACAGUGGCCAACACAGCAACAGUGUUAUCCAUUCCCAUCAUAAUACUUCCAUAGGACUCCAGAGGUUAUCAGUAGUGAUGGUCAGUAAUUAAAAAAAAUAGUCGUAGGUAAAGUAUUGUGUACAACUCGCGUAAUUAGCCAAUCGAAGAAGUUUUGAAAGCACUCACCAAGGCUAAUACCUUAAAUUUACUACUCGUCUUCACGCGAUCGUUGCAUACACUACUAGGGUGAGGUGGGGUAAGAGCAUAAAUGGGGCAAGAGCAUACGAGGUACCUCAAUCGCUUACGUUUUGCCCUACAGUACCAGGAUUCGCAGCAAAAGCUUCCUUUUAUUAUCAUACUUGAUGUACAUUUAAAGCUAUAUUUCCAUGGAAUGAUUUAAACAUGUGGAAUAAACUUUUCAAAGAUCAUGUAAUUCUUCCUCCGAGGGAAAGAUCAUAUAGGUAUUUUUAAACAUGACAAAAAAGUAAAAAAUUGUAUUAUUAUUAUUAUUAUUGGUUUAUUUUGUACAGUUUUAAGUGUACUUUUCAGUCAUGUUUGGAUUUAGUUUCCAUCUAUUAUAGUUUAAAAAUUGAUGGGCGUUGUGCACUUGCCCCCUAUUUUUGUUGAUGUGGGGCAAGUGCACACACCAUGUGCAACACACAUGUGUAAAUAUGAAAAAUAAGUGACUUUUAGAGUGAGUGAGUGUUUUUUAUAACUUAAUUUUUAACGUAAAAAACAGUUUUCAUGUUUGAAAAGUUAUAAGGACACUUAAGGAUACCCAUUUUUAUCAAUACCAUUUAUUCCCAUUACCAGGAAAUAGAUUAACCCAAUUUAAUAAGUGAAAUCAAAAUUACGUUCUUAAGCAUUUUUAAAAACAAGAUUUCUCGCCUUUGAAAAAAGUUUGUAUCUAAAAAACUGUAAGAGAUAAUUCAGUUCUGUAAAAAGUGUUAGAAAGCUCUCAAAAAGUUCUAUAUGCUCUAACCCCACUGUUUUCCUAAUACACUUACCAUGGGAUAUAGAGAGAGAAAAUGCACUUGCCCCACUAUUUGGGGCAAGUGCAUACACAGGGUAGAAACAAUUAAAAAAAGAAAAAUUAUAAGAGUUUUAUUUUUAGGAAAAUUUUAAGACUAAUAGAGAACAUUCUUGAAAAUGCAUGGUAAAAAUAUGAAUUUUCUACCAUUAAAAAUGAUGUGCUCAGACCUGGUCAAAGUUAAACUUUAGAUUUUACGUAGUGCACUUACCCCACCUCACCCUAUAGCCUUUGUGUUCUCAUUAUUAUGUGGCAUUGGUUUUGCAUAGUAAUAAAAGAUUAAAACAUUGAACAACGAAUAAUGUAGUUAACGUCCCUGCUUGAUCAAUUAUUUCAAUGUGUAAACAAGUUUACAAGCAUUGUUGUAUACAAUAGGAUUAAUCAAGCUGUAUAAACUGGUGUGAAGGAUG